GCUACUGUGUCAGUACAUUUAACAGGUGACGUGUUACUGCGUGUGUCAUUUUGGCAAGACUUCGACACGAGGUUGAACAACGUACGAUCAGACGUCUGACGCGAAUCGAAGACCCCGAGAAAUGGAGAACAUCCGGUUGCUGGUUGUAUUGCGUUUGUGCAUUAUGGUUGCUAGUAUCGUUGCUCUCUGUCUGAUGACUAUCAAGCUCUACAGAGUAACAGCUUCAAGUCACGAGGAUGUAUGUAAUCUUGGUCUAGACGGUCUAGACAAUGCUAACAAUCCUGCCCCUUGUCGAUUUGGACUGGCCGCAUGCUUGGCUUCGAUCUUGGUGGCUAUCGUAUUUGUGGGAGUCGAUGUCAUGCGCAGUACAUCCACUAGCAGCCAAAGUCAUCACAACCUAUUGUUGAGUGAUUGUGUGAGUGCAAUAGCAAUCUCGUUGUUGCUACUAUCUUCGUCUGUGCAUUCAGGCGUGGGAUUGGGUAGAACUGUCAAAACAAUAAAUGACGUCGGACAAGACGUACCCGGAAGUUUCAUGGCAUCGGCCAUCUUCUUUAUUAUAUUUAUGUCUCUGGCAAUGCUGCUCUGGGUUGGUGUUGCUUUCGUGCGCUGGACACAAAGAGAAGUACGCACUCCAUUUCAGAACAUGCCUAAUCAACCCAUGAAUCAACCCAUGACUCAACCCAUGCAUCAAUUCAUGCAUCAACCCAUGAAUCAACCCGUCAUCUGAAACAUUUGAAGCCAAGACAGUCAGCGGAUUACAAGAUAGCUUUGAAACGCAGAUAGCUUAUUGAUCUAUAGUGUACGUGCGUUGUUUGUGUUUAGUGCAUGUUUGGCAAGCUUUAUAAUCGAUAGAAGCUAAGCAAAACAACCAACUAA